AGGAAUCGUUGUACACCCUGUUAUAUUUUGUGUUGUGAAUUAAUUUUUUUUUAAUUGAAAUUACGUAAGAUACGGAGAGGGGGGUAAAAUCUUAUUGAUCCUAACAAAGGAAUUACGUAGUUAAAAAUUGUAUUAAAAAAAAACCUUUACUUAAUUUAGUCACGCCCCUUUGUAAAAUAUGAGCUGUUACUCUUAGUAGAAAUGAAGUGGUGCGUUGCAUAUGCGCACGUGCCAGCCGCAAGUAUAAUAUGGCCAAUAAGUGAAAACCCAACAGUUCUUAUUCAGUUUCCAACUAGCGUAUAGGUUUUCUAAAUUUACUGAGGCCACAGCUUCUUUCAGUACUGAACUUCAGAUUACUCUUGUCUCUAUUAAAUUUAAUCUUCUUGCUGCUGAUAAAUCGCUCCAACAUUUUAUCAAAUCUUUCCGAAUAUUUUUUAAUUUAAAAUUAUCAGUUCAAAUCACUACAGAAUACUUAUUGCUUUUAUUUAAAUUUUAAAUUUGAGUGAAAAUAGUGUAAAAAGUAUGAAAAACUUAAAAUAAAAGAAGAUUUCGGCAGGAAAAGAGGCAGAAGUGUUCUAAGAAGAGAAAAAUUUAAAAGUAUCUGCACAAAAAAAUUUUACUAUGACUCCGAAAAAAAUUUGUGGAAUUGGUGCUGGAUAUGUAGGAGGUCCAACAUGUAGCGUUAUAGCUCUCAAGUGUCCAGAAAUCCAAGUGACUGUUGUUGACAAAAGUAAAGAAAGAAUAGCGCAGUGGAAUUCUAACAAACUUCCGAUUUACGAACCAGGUUUAGACGAAGUUGUGAAAAAGUGCCGGGGAAAAAAUCUUUUCUUUUCAACGGACAUCGAGAAGUCGAUCAAAGAAGCCGAUAUAAUUUUUAUUUCCGUGAAUACUCCAACGAAGAACUUUGGCAAUGGCAAGGGAAGAGCAGCCGAUCUUAAAUACGUCGAGGGUGCUGCGAGAAUGAUCGCGGAAUUAGCAACAGAGAACAAAAUAGUUGUGGAAAAAAGUACUGUUCCAGUUAGGUCAGCCGAGAGCAUAAUUAAUAUAUUACGAGCCAAUCAUAAGCCAGGCGUAACGUAUCAAGUGCUCUCGAAUCCAGAGUUUUUAGCGGAAGGAACGGCUAUAGACGACUUAUUACACCCCGACCGGGUACUAAUCGGAGGCGAAGAUUCUGCAGAAGGUCGAGCAGCAAUAGAACAGCUCUGCAAGGUUUACGAGAAUUGGAUACCAAGAAAAAACAUACUGACAAUGAAUACUUGGAGUUCUGAACUCUCAAAAUUGGCUGCUAAUGCAUUCCUCGCUCAGCGAAUAUCAAGUAUUAAUUCUCUCUCAGCAGUCUGUGAAGCUACAGGCGCCGACGUUUCGGAAGUAGCUCUUGCCGUUGGUCUCGAUUCUCGUAUUGGUUCGAAAUUUUUGCAAGCCUCGGUUGGUUUCGGCGGCUCGUGUUUCCAAAAAGAUAUUCUAAAUUUGGUUUAUAUUUGCGAGUGUCUAAAUCUUCCCGAAGUGGCCGACUAUUGGCAGCAAGUAAUUAACAUGAACGAAUAUCAGAAAUCGAGAUUCUCCGCACAGGUGAUUGAAUCCUUGUUCAACACUGUCACGGACAAGCAGAUCGCUCUUCUGGGAUUUGCGUUUAAAAAAAAUACUGGCGACACGCGAGAAUCUCCAGCCAUCCAUGUAGCAAAAACGCUAUUGGACGAAGGAGCCAAAUUACAUAUCUACGAUCCAAAGGUUGAAGAGGAACAAAUUAUGGUGGACCUGUCACAUUCGUGUGUGAUAGCUGAACCUGAAAUGAUCAAAAAUCGAAUCAGUAUUCAUAAACACGCUUAUGAUGCAACGAAAAAUACACAUGCCAUUGUCUUAUGUACAGAAUGGGAUGAAUUUGUUGAACUAGAUUACAGACGUAUAUAUGCAAAUAUGAUGAAGCCUGCAUAUAUUUUUGACGGGCGAAAGUUCUUAGAUCAUGAAGAACUUCGAAAGAUUGGCUUUAUUGUACGGACAAUUGGGAAGAAAAUCAUGAAGACAGGGAUAUCGUGAAUAUAGGAAUAUUAAAGUUAGGCUUAAAAUAUAGUAGAAAAACUACGCUUUAUUUUUUAUAUGCACGUAACUGAUUCCAAGUUAUAGAAUUUUUUAAUGAAUUUUUAAAGUAUAUGAAAGCGAACAUAUGCAAUAUGUUUUAGUCUAUAUUUUUAGACGCGUAAGAAAACGUCACUUUUUAUUAGGAUUAAUAAAGUUUAUACGAUUUUUAUACUCAAAUUACUUAUGUAAGUAUCGUCUUAUAAUGUAUCUAUUGGUUUAAAAAUGUUUAUUAUGUAAUCAUACUAGUGUAAGUAUUAUUACAGUGCCAGUAUAAGUUUAAAAUUAAUAAGUAGAAGUUGAAGAAUGAACAAUUAUGUAUGUAAUAAACUGAACAAAAUGGCUCAACUGGCAUUAUUAAG